GUAGAAGAAGAGGCACCAAAGCUGGUUGACUAUACACAUAGCAAUAUCACUUCGGCGUAUGCGUUAAUAUUUCUAACAUUUUGCCGUAUUAAAGAUCGGGAUUCAACGGCUGAUAUGUCGACAAGACCGGGAUUCUACCGGCAAGAUCUGAACAAGACAGUCUGGGAGGUGCCCGAACGAUACCAGAAUCUUACGCCGGUUGGAUCGGGGGCUUAUGGCUCAGUAUGCUCAGCGUAUGACGUGUGUCUCCGUCAAAAGGUGGCUGUUAAAAAGCUCUCUCGACCGUUUCAGUCCCUCAUCCACAGUAGAAGAACCUACAGAGAGCUGAGACUUCUCAAGCACAUGAAGCACGAGAAUGUUAUUGGACUCCUGGAUGUUUUCACUCCUGCAGCUUCUCUUGAAGAUUUCAAUGAGGUCUACCUUGUAACCAAUCUGAUGGGAGCAGAUCUCAACAACAUUGUCAAGUUUCAAAGACUUUCAGAUGAACACAUACAAUUCCUCAUCUAUCAGCUUCUUCGUGGCCUUAAGUACAUUCAUUCAGCUGGACUGAUCCAUAGAGACUUAAAGCCAAGCAAUGUAGCAGUGAAUGAAGAUUGUGAACUUAGGAUCCUGGAUUUUGGAUUAGCCAGGCAGACGGAUGAUGAGAUGACCGGUUAUGUGGCUACUCGCUGGUACCGAGCACCUGAGAUCAUGCUGAACUGGAUGCACUACAACCAGACAGUGGACAUCUGGUCAGUUGGAUGCAUCAUGGGUGAACUUCUGAAGGGCAAAGUUUUGUUUCCGGGUAAUGAUUAUAUAGAUCAGCUAAAGAGAAUUAUGGAGGUGGUAGGAACACCGACACCUGAAGUUUUGAAGAAAAUAUCCUCUGAACAUGCUCAAAAGUAUAUCCAGUCACUUCCGUACAUGCCACAGCAAGACCUGGACAAGAUAUUCAGGGGGGCGAAUCCAUUAGCGGUUGACUUAUUGAAGAAAAUGUUAGUAUUGGAUUGUGAUGGGAGAAUCUCUGCCAGUGAAGCUCUGUGCCAUGCGUAUUUUUCUCAAUACCAUGAUCCUGAUGAUGAACCCGAAGCCCCUCCAUAUGACCAGACCACUGAGAGCAAAGACCGAACACUGGAGGAGUGGAAGGAGCUGGUUUAUGAGGAAGUAAACAAUCUCAAAGCCCCUGCCAAUAAAUCAGAAACUCUUCAGGUGGAACAGUGAGACUGAUCUUAAAACAAUCCAGGAUGAUUUUCACCGCCCUAUCACUGCCUGUCAAUCAAACUCUCAAGACACGGGAUUGGCGGACAAACAGUAUAAACAGACUGCAGUCCAACCUGAGACAAUGACAAAAGUAUUUCCAAGGCAUGAUGCCCUUCCUGUAUGAAUUCAUACGCACAUUUAAAUAUGAGCAAUGGUAUUGUACCGAUGACACAAUGUAUUAAUAUUAUAAGGUGCAUGUUGUGUGUGUGUGUGUGUGUGUGUGUGUGUGUGUGUGUGUGUGUGUGUGUGUGUGUGUGUGUGUGUGUGUGUGUGUGUGUGUGUGUGUGUGUGUGUGUGUGAGUGCAGAUUGUGUGUUUUGAUUAUUUUUUUUAUAUUUGAUGUGAGGCAGGUGUCAGGUAAAGCAGGGUAUGAUGUACCUCAUACAAGACCAAAAACUAGGCAUGCAGACAAAAAGGCUAUGCUGGGGAAAAUAUGUUUACAUUGUUGAAAGGAGCUUCUUGAAAAGCGGAUACACACUCUCAGAAACGGGUCUUUCACUGGGAUGGUACCUUUUAAAAGGGUCCUAAUAUGUUCCAUUUAUAUGUACCUUUGAGGUACCAGUAUGUACCUCUAUAGGGUACCAGCUUGCAAACGUACUUUUGAAAAGGUACCGCCACAGUAACAACUUUUGUACCUUUUUUCUGAGAGUGCACGCAGGGCUGGAAACGGCAAAAAUGUGCUGGGGGGACUCUAUAUUUGGGUAAUUUUGGAUGACGACUUAUACUUGGGAGAGAACAUAAAAACUGUAGAAAACUGUAUGUUUUCUUAAGUAUUUAAAAAUACUUUUAACCAUAAUUUGUCCUCAGGUUAAAGAACUGUGACUGUGACUGUGAAGUGUCAUCAUGUGACAAGCUUGAUAAUGCAUUAUAAAAUAAUAGUUGCAAUUAAAAAAAAAAUAUAAAAGGGAGUAAUUUUUAAAUGCCUGUAAAUACACUCUUAAAAAUUAGGUACUUUAAAGGUUUUUUACAGCGAUGCCAUAAAAAAACAUUUAGACAGAAAAAGUUAUUCUAUGGCAUCGUAAAGCACCUUUAUUUUUAAUAGUGUAGCUUUAAGUAUUAAGAUAGUUUAAAUAUAAUUAAUUUUCAGUUCUACUAUUUAAAAAAUAAUAUUCAGUUUAAGUUGGAACUUUGUCCCCCCACCCUUGAAAUUCACUCCCGGACUCCGUCCCCUCACGUUACCCCCAGUUUCCAGCCCUGCAUACAUGCAUUCAUGUAUUAAAGUCUCUGCAUAAAUGUAGGCAAAUACAUAAUCUGUAUUUACCAAUCUGCAGUGUUGAAUAUUGCAUACCUCAAAAAUGUUUGACUGUAACGAGUCAUGCAUAAAUUGAAGUGUGUUUACCAGUUAUUUUAGAAGAUGUUCUUCCAGUGAUUUUGGAAACACAAAGUACAGUCAAAUACUGACUCCUCCCCUCCUAUAAACAUCUUAUCAAUGAAACACGAAUUUGUUUGAUUAGCUGCUUAUACAGUGGAUUUACACAGUGCUACAUUAAAAUUGAUCAAUUAAGAUACUUUAGACCAUAAACCAUGUUUAAAACAUUUAAAAACAUCCAGAUGCAUCACAAUUAAGGAGAAAAAAUGUCUUAAUUUUAAUGAAAAUGAAAAAAUAUAAUUUCCUGACUGUUCUUCUGUCUGUGUAACGCAAAGUGUUUUACACAAUACUUGAAAAGGAUUUGUGAAUAUCAGUAGAUAUUUUCUGAAUGUAGGUGAAAAAAACUGCAAUUCAGAUGUUAAGCAAGGUUUGUUUCACAAUUGCUGUGUGUUUAUUAAAUGGUCAAUUUUGAAACAUCCUGAAGGACAAUGAUGCAACUCUGAUGUCAUGAAACUGUAGUUGCCAUCUGAAGCUGAAUGGGGAAAACUGGUGUGGUUUCUUCUUUUACACUUUAUGUAAAUGACAGAAACCAUCAACUGUCCUGCCUUCAUCACAAUACAUUCCUAUAGUAUAUGCUUCAAAAUCUGUUUCUACUUUAGAUGCUACGAUCUUGACAUAAAAUACAAAUCUUAUACAAAUAUGGUAAAGUUCUGCAUAUGUGGCCUUAGCACUUUGACCCCAGUGUUACGCUGUGUAUCUCUAUUCUCCUCCUGGUCUACUGCAUGCCUUUUUAACUAAGAGAAAAGAUAAACUACCUUCUGCUGUUUCAGUGGACUGGAUGGAUUUUUAGCCCUUUGUCUAUGACCCAUCAAGUCUCACCAGUAUGUAGCCACUCAACUCUCACCCUCUGCUCUGUUAAUAAAAUGAACUGCUUUCCUCAAACACGUUUCUGUGUUUUAUACUAAAGUGAAUACAAUAAACA